GUCACGUCUUUGUUUUCCUGGUGCUUCUAGUUCUGCUUCCCCACUUCCAACUCGGUCGUCGUCUUCUCUUCUUCAUCGCCACCAAAUGGAGCAGAGCUUGAUCGAAGACGACGACGACGACUGGAGUUUCAUAACCGACUCCUUCGCCACCGCCGCCUCUGCCGCCGCAGUGAGGCCCGCUCCUCAGCCUCUACCUUCCCAGGGGCAACCCACCCUCGGCCUCGAUUUCGCCGACGACGCCCCGAAUCCCUUCGGCCGCCUGGCCCUAGGUGAUCCCCCUUCCACCUCUAAACCCUCGUACUCCAACCCCUGCACCGAUCUUCCUGCUCCUGAUGCAGCCACAUCUACAUCCAUCUCCGACCGCGGCGCCGCUCGCUCCUCUCCAUCGGCUUCCUCCUUCUCUGAUCGUUUAUCCGAAUGCACCGGCAUGGACGUCCAUUGGAGAAAGCCGCCGGCCAUCGAAUUGAGGCCCCACCCCCUCCGGGAGACUCAGGUAGGAUGCUUCAUCCGGACGAUCGCUGCCUCGGGUUCGCAGGUCUGGGCUGGGCUGGAGAAUGGCGUUCGAGUCUGGAACGUUUCUGAUGCGUUUGAAGGGUUUGGACGCCGGGGUUUUGGUACUUGGAAGCCGAAGAGGGGUGAUGAGGAGAGUGCGCCGUUUGAGGAAUCUUGUUUUACGUCGCCGACGAUCUGCUUGGUGGUUGAUCCAAGUAGUGGGCUUGUGUUCAGUGGUCACAAGGACGGGAGGAUUCGCAUUUGGAGAAUGGAGUCCGAACCAGAGGGGAGGAAAUUGGGAAUGGAGAAUGGGGGAGAUCUAGCAUAUUCUCUUUCGUGGCAGGCUCAUCGAUCACCUGUUCUCUCAAUGACCCUUACUUCACACGGUGAACUAUGGUCUGGUUCUGAAGGUGGAGUUAUAAUAGCUUGGUCUUGGAAAAUCAUAUCUAAAGCUCUCUCUCUGAGUCAGGAAGAUAAACAGAGGGCUUCAGCUUUAGUUGAAAGAUCCUUUGUUGAUCUCAGGAGCUUGGCUACUGUUGGAGGAAUGUGUUUAUUGCCUACUGCAGAUAUUAAAUGUCUGUUGUCUGAUAAUUUCUACUCAAAAGUGUGGAGCUCCAGCAGUCUCUCAUUUGCUCUUUGGGACGCUAAUACAAAGGAGCUCCUAAAAGUCUUCAACAUAGAUGGUCAAGUUGAGACUAGAUUUGACACGUUGCAAGUCCAAAAUUCAUGUGAAGAGGUUGGUGAUAUGAGGAUUAACUUGUCCUCUACUUCAAAGAAGGCUAUUAAUUUCUUCCAGCGAUCACGACAUGUACUGUUGGAAGCUGCUGGUGCUGUAAGGAAAGCUGCAGCCAAAAGUGCAUUUGGUGAUGAUUAUCGGAGAACAGAAGCGCUAACUAUAACUGUCAAUGGAAUGAUCUGGUCUGGAUGUGCAAAUGGUUUGCUCAUUCAGUGGGAUAGGUAUGGUCAUCGGUUGCAGGAAGUUCAACAUCAUUCAUCUUACAUUCAAUGUCUCAGUACAUUUGGGACAAGAUUGUGGAUUGGCUAUAUGGAUGGCACUAUCCAGGUCAUUGACAUUGAGGGAAAGUUGCUUGGAGGAUGGAUUGCUCAUAGAAACCCAAUAAUAGGGAUGGCUGUUGUGGGUUCUUAUCUCUUUACAUUAGCUAACCAUGGUGGGAUUCGUGGUUGGCACAUGUCAUCUCCAGGACCUCUUGAUAGUGUAUUUCAAUCUGAGCUAUCUCGCAUAAAUAGUUUAUAUACAAGAGUAGAGAACUUUGGAAUUUUGGUGGGAAGUUGGAAUGUUGGACAAGAAAGAGUGAACACUGAUUCACUUAUCAGUUGGCUUGGUAAUGCAACUCCUCAGGUUGGACUUGUUGUUGUUGGUUUGCAAGAGGUGGAAAUGGGUGCUGGUUUUCUUGCAAUGGCUGCUGCAAAAGAAACUGUAGGACUCGAGGGUAGUGCUAAUGGCCAAUGGUGGCUGGAAGCAAUUGGGAAAAUCUUAGAUGACGGAGUUCCUUUUGAGCUUAUUGGCUCAAGGCAGCUUGCUGGGUUACUUAUUGCUGUAUGGGCUAGAAAGAAUCUUAGGUCGUAUAUCGGUGAUGUUGAUGCAGCAGCUGUGCCAUGUGGAUUUGGCCGUGCAAUUGGGAACAAGGGAGCUGUAGCUUUGAGGAUGAGAAUUUAUGAUCAAAAAAUAUGCUUUAUUAAUUGCCAUUUUGCUGCACAUUUGGAGGCAGUGAACCGACGGAAUGCUGAUUUUGAUCAUGUUUUCCGAACAAUGACUUUCAGCCGUAUUUCAAGUGGACUUAAUGCCGCAACAGGUGGUGCUUGCUCUGUCGAUAUGCAACAUGGAGUAAAUAUCAAUUAUGGUAGAACACCAGAGUUAUCAGAAGCCAAUAUGGUUGUAUUUCUGGGUGAUUUCAACUAUAGGCUUGAAGGCAUCACAUAUGAAGAAGCAGUGUAUUUGAUCUCUCAAAGGCGCUUUGACUUGCUCUUGGGAAACGAUCAGCUCCAAGUGGAAAUGAAGGCAGGAAGAGUUUUUCAGGGAUUUCAGGAAGGGAAAAUCAAGUUCCCUCCAACAUAUAAAUUUGAAAAGGACCAGACAGAAUUAUCAGGAUAUGACUUAAGUGAAAAGAAGCGUAUUCCUGCUUGGUGUGACAGGAUUCUGUUUCGUGAUAGUCGUAAUUCAGAGACUGAUUGUUCAUUAGCUUGCCCUGUAGUCUCUUCUAUUCUUAUGUACGAUUCCUGCAUGGAUGUGAAGGGAAGCGACCACAAACCUGUGAAAGGCAUAUUUACUCUUAGUAUUGCACACGUAGAUGAAAUAACCAGGAGGCAAAAGUUUGGAGAAAUACUUGUUUCCAGUAGCUUGAAAGAAGAAUUUGACAAUAUUCCAGAAACUAGUUUUAGCAGCAACGACAUUACUCUGCAAGGUUAUGACAUAACUGUUUUGAGAGUCACUAAUAAAUGCAGAAGAAACAUAGCCAUAUUUCAAUUAUCUGUCCAAACUCAGGCGAGUCUCAAGGAGAGUGAACAAAUUUCUGGGCUUUAUUCAAGAUGUUCUUUUGGUUUUCCUGAUUGGCUAGAGGUCAAUCCCAAAAGUGGUACGAUCAAACCAGGCCAAAUUGUGGAAUUAUCUAUGCACUACAAGGACACUGAUAUCGUCUCCAAGUUAGAUGAGAGAACUCACAGAAUGCAGCAAAACUGGCAGGAUGUGGAUUCUAUGGAUAAAGUAGCAACAUUGAGAGUGGACAUCUCAAGCAACUACUCAACUGAGGUAAAAAAUUUUUCGAUCCACAUACGUCAUCGUCCUUCAUCCAUGAGCACACAUAAUGGAUCUAGAGGUGUAUCAACAUUCACUUCCCAAAAUUUUAUUUGAAAGGCAGACUUCUUCCAUGUGUUUUCAGUCCCAAGACUACAUAUCUGAAACCCACAUUCACAUCUUCUCGACUUGAUUUUUUGUUCGCGAAGACAUGUACAGCAAGCCAUCAUCAUACUCCUAGUGCCAGCAAUUCUACUGGAAAGAAAUUCUUGAGAAGGUACUUAUUUGUGUGUGUGUGUGUUUUUUUUUAUUCUUGUAGAUGCAAUGCAAACUCCAUUGAUUACUUAACUAGCAUCCCAUCCAUUAAGGUUUUUCAUACAUUAAAGAUGAUUAGUGUAGUAGAGAUCGAACAAAAUAUCUGUUUCAUGCCUGGUUUCCGUAUGUAAUAUUGUUCAUAAAUUGGUUUUUAUUUUUUCAAUAUCCAAACGUGAAUUAGUGAAACUGUUUUA